AUGACUGGCAGCAUAAACCUGACAAGUGCAGGAGAUUCCCAGUCUUCAGGCUAUGAUACCUCUUCCAAUCUUACUGUACAGUCACAAGAACACCUAAGAUGGAAUGCAAAGCGACUUUGUACCCCUAAAAUCAUCACCAUCAUCACCUUCUUUCUGGUGAUUCUAACAAUUACACUGACCACAACUUUAGCAGGAAAACACAAAUCUCCCACUGAACACAAAUCAUGCCUGGAUGGCUGGAUUGGUUAUUUAGGAAAGUGCUUCUAUUUUUCUGAAAAUACGACAACCUGGGCAGCAAGCCAGGACUUCUGCGCUUCCUAUGAGGCAACUCUUGCUGUGGUCAGCACCGUGAAGCAGCUGGAUUUCCUAAAGAGAUAUUCUGACCAUUCUCAAUAUUGGAUUGGACUGAGCCAAAAACCUGGACAGACCUGGAAGUGGAUAGAUGGAACCACAUACAGUGAUUGGCUUAAGGCGAUUGGAAUUGGAGAAUGUGCCUAUUUACACAAAAAUGGGAUUAGCGGUUCCAGUACCCAUUUGGUUAGAAAAUGGAUUUGCAGCAAACCAGACGCAUGUACUACAAGAAGUUAA